AUGGCUUCUUCAAGCGAGACACCUGCUGUCGAUCAACAACCGACGAUCCUCUUCCGCGCAAACCGGAAGCGCAAAGUCGGCCUGCGACAACGCGCACCAUCCCCCGACGAUGCCACCUUGUCCGACACCAAACCGACGGCAACAGACUCAAAAUCUAUGAAAACUACGGAAUAUCAAUCAAUACCAUCACAUGCCGAUAGCGAACGCGAAGCAGACGAUAAAGAAGAGGUUAUCCCCUCCGCCAUCCGCCACCGCGCGCGCAAGCGCCUCAACGGCGUAGGCUUCUCGGCAUCCCGCGCAACAGCCCCGGAUGAGACUACGUCUUCAGAUAUCUCGGCGUCUCGUGCACUCGUGCCUGCGACAUCACCGCCUGUAGAGGACGAGCCGCUAAUCACGAAGCGAUUUGCUCCGCAGACUGGUCUGGCUACUACAAUCGUCAACAAACACAUACCAGAGACUGAUAAAGCAAGGACGGAAUACAUAGAGUCCCGCCUCUCUAACCGCAAAUCUCCUGUCGUGGAAACAAGAACACAAAUGCAGGCUGCCACAUCAUCCUCAACAGCCCCCACCACACUCGCGGAAAACGACACGAAAGCACACCCUAUUAUGCAGGGAAAGCUGAUGGAGGUCGACCUGGGCGACGAGGUCCGCGCUCGCAACCAAGCCAUGACCGAAAAAGCCGCCCGCCGCCUUCUGGGCGAGGCCGUACCGGAAGAGGAAACCGAGGGCACCCGGAAAGCGAAAAAGCCCAGGUUGGGGAGAGAUGGAAAGCCCUGGCGCCCACGAAAUCGGCGGGGGAGCGAUGAUAUCAAGCGUGAUGAGCUUGUCGAAAAGAUUCUGCGUGAGAAUAAACUCGACGUUUACGAUGUGCCUGCUAUGCAACAACCCCAGUACGAGGGCGACGGCGACGCAGACGAUCGCAUCGCUGAGGAGUUCCGGCGCGAGUUCAUGGACGCCAUGGUUCAAAGGCAGCAAAAGAAGAAAGCAGCCGUCCCACCAGCCCGUGCUGGCGCCCGCAAGACGGACGAGGAGGUGCUGAAAGGACCAAAAUUAGGUGGCAGUCGCAACUCGAGAGCUGCUAUGCGUGAUCUGCUGCUCAAGAAGGAGAGAGAGGCCAAGAAAUGA